AUGACUGCAAGGUCCUGUUUCAAUCAGUGGCGUCAGCCGGACGCACGACACCAACUUAAACUGCUUCACCUUCUUCUCCCGAACAACGUAAACAUUGAGCUGCAAAGCGAAGCACUGCGGACCUACUUUUUGUGGGGGGAGGUUUUAAUUUGAAAGUGCUUCGCUGGAUUUGAAGAAUAUCCCUCGUCGUGUCACUUUGAGGGUCCGACGGACAGACGGAUUUUUUCGCUUUUACCACGAAUUGGAGAUUAAAAAAAAAGAAGAGGAAGAAAAAAAGUUUUCUUCUCUUAUUUUGGGUGGUUCGAAAAGGAGACCCGCCUAUGACCUUACCCUCUUACAUUAAUGCAACAUUUACCGGAUACAGGGUUAUUUGAUACAGUGUCUGGAUCUUUACCGACUUGGAAUUAUUCCUCUUUUCUUUGAAUGCGUUGCAAAUAUGAUGAUGUCACCGAGGCCACUUUUUCCUGAAGUUAUGGCGGAGCACAACUUUUUUAACUUCUCUUGACUAUUGUAAGCACUUGGCUUUACUAAUGGCGCACCCUCAGGGAGUGUGGAAGAGCCUGAGCAACGGUUUUGGAAUGAAGGACUCUCCGUUUGAGGGCCCCUGCCUUUCUCCGACCAUAGUCCAGGGCUAUCCCUGCCAGCGUCGCUCCUCAGAUGACAGCAAGAUGCCCGACUCAAAGGCUAGCAGCACUAUCCGUGUCUACCUCCCGAACCAGCAACGCACUGUGGUAAACGUGCGACCAGGUAUGACUCUUUACCACUGCCUGAUUAAAGCACUGAGGGUGCGGGGCCUGCAGCCUCAGUGCUGCGCUGUCUUCAGGCUGAAUUCAGGACAGGGGAGUAGAAAAUCACGGAUGGAUUGGAAUACCGAUUCCACUUCACUAAUUGGGGAAGAGCUGCAGGUGGAGGUUUUAGAUCACGUCCCCUUGACAACGCAUAAUUUUGUUCGCAAAACAUAUCUGAAACUAGCGUUCUGCGAUAUUUGCCAGAAGUUCCUUCUGAAUGGUUUCCGUUGCCAAACAUGUGGCUACAAAUUCCAUGAGCAUUGUAGCACCAAAGUGCCCACAAUGUGUGUGGACUGGAUCAAUAUCAGGCAACUCUUAUUGUGUCAAACGCCCGGCGAGUGCAAUGCCCCGUCUGUGCCACCGCCUUCGUCCCGGCGUAUGAGAGAGUCUUUAACGCGGCUUCCAAGCUCAGCCUACCGUUAUUCCACCCCUCAUGCCUUCAACUACGCACCACCCACUGGUGGCGGUCUCUCCCAGAGGCAGCGCUCCACUUCUACACCAAAUGUCCACAUGGUUAGCACUACUCUGCCUGUAGACAGCAGCGUGAUCGAGCUAGACUGCCUGAAUACCUCCCCCAGCUCCUGGUGCCAUAGAUUCUGGCUGAAGAGGAAAGUAGGUAUUGUGCACUUCUCCCAGUCUUUUGUUGAGGCCUCACCUGAGAGUCCAGAAAAGGAUGCAAUGCGUGAUCAUGACUCGGCGGGGAGUUCACCCAACCAGAGUCCUACAGGCUGGACCCAAUCCCAAUCCAAAACCCCUGCACCUGCCCAGCGAGAGAGGGCCCCAUCCCUCAACACUCAGGACAAAAUUAAAAUAAGGCCUCGGGAUAAGCGUGACUCCAGUUACUACUGGGAGAUUGAGGCCAGCGAGGUUUAUCUGCACUCCCGCAUUGGUUCCGGCUCCUUCGGAACUGUAUUCAAAGGAAAAUGGCAUGGUGAUGUAGCAGUAAAGAUUUUAAAGGUGACAGACCCUACACCAGAGCAGUUCCAGGCAUUCAGAAAUGAAGUGGCAGUCCUCAGGAAAACACGACAUGUCAACAUCCUGUUGUUCAUGGGUUAUAUGACUAAGGACAACCUGGCCAUUGUGACACAGUGGUGUGAGGGUAGCAGCCUCUACAAGCACAUACAUGUCCUGGAGACAAAUUUCAAGAUGAUCCAGCUCAUAGAUAUUGCCAGGCAGACUGCUCAGGGCAUGGACUAUCUUCAUGCAAAGAACAUCAUUCACCGAGACAUGAAAUCAAACAACAUUUUCUUGCAUGAAGGGCUAACAGUAAAAAUUGGCGACUUUGGUCUUGCUACGGUGAAAGCAAGGUGGAGUGGCUCACAUCAGGUCGAGCAGCCUUCUGGAUCCAUUCUUUGGAUGGCUCCUGAGGUUAUCCGGAUGGAGGAUAAUAAUCCUUACAGCUUCCAGUCUGAUGUCUAUUCCUAUGGAAUUGUUCUCUUUGAGCUCAUGACGGGAGAGCUCCCAUACUCCCAGAUAGGAAAUAGAGAUCAGAUUAUCUUCAUGGUGGGAAGAGGCUAUCUAUCUCCAGACCUCAGCAAGCUCUAUAAAAACUGCCCCAAAGCCAUGAAAAGGUUGGUGGCUGACUGCACCAAGAAGUCCAAGGAUGAGAGGCCACUCUUUCCACAGAUCUUGUCCUCCAUUGAGCUUCUCCAGCAUGCCCUCCCUAAGAUAAACCGCAGUGCCUCAGAACCGUCCCUGCACAGAGCCACUCACACUGAGGAUAUUAAUGCCUGUACUCUGACCAGAGUGCCUGUUUUUUAGAGGCUCAGACAGCACUACCCUUCCUCCUCGGCUUCCGCUCACCCACCUCCUCUGCCUCAUCGACUUAUAUGAAUUAGCUCAAACAUUCAGUAUUCCCAAAUUCUCCAUAAAGAUGCUAAUGUAGCUCGACAGAUACAUAUCCAGUCAUACAAGACAUAAAUUACAUACAUACAUGCUAAUCAGUAAAUUGUGUAAGAAAAAGAGGAGAGAGGGAAGUGCAUCUGCAACUACGGAAGGGAUUGAUUAGUGUUGGAUUGCAUUUGGAUGUACACAUGAAGAGGAUGGCAUAAGAUACGUCAAGGUGAUGUCUUGGUUAUCACCAUAUAUAUUUUAAAUGUAUGCCAGGGCUUCAUGCUGGCAUUGGAUUUGGUAUAACUUGUAAAUAAAUGCACGCACACCUACCUAAGACAACCAUGAAUGGACAUUGAAGAAAGCUCAAGACAGAUGUUUCUCUCAGUUUGGGCUCUGUGAUGUGAAGCCUGUUCUCCUACCAGAAUGUUCUGUUCUCUGAUGAAAAGGACUUUUUAAGCUUACCUGCCUUAAGAGGAAAUGAAGCCUGGAUUAAGAUCCUGCACAACUUCACCUCCUCCUGUUAUCACAAAGCAGUUGGAUGUAGUCCAUUUAGUUGCACAGUAGUAGUUGAUUUAUGUUUUUAUUUUUUUGCGUUGUCUUAAAUGAUAAUGGAGUAGACGUGGGGGGAUUUUUGUCUUUGUGUUGUUGUUGACUUCUUUUAAUUGUCUUUAUUUUUUGGGGUCCUUUUGGAUGAAUUAUAGUCUGUCAGACAGCUGGCAUAUGUGAUGUUGGAUACAUGCACAUUCUUCAAAGCAAAAACAAUGGAUAUGUUUCAGCAGUCUGCACAAAGGUGUCAUACCUCUGAGUAAACCGAUACCCACACGUCUUUAUCACUUCUUACAUUGUUAGGUUAUGAUGAGCUGGACAUUAGGCAGUUGUCUUAAAUAUUUAAAAUUCUUUGGAAACUAAUUUGUAUUUGGUUACCAUGUCACUUUCAGGCAGUUAAAUGUUUUAUUGUGAACUUGGUGAGAAAGUUGUUUAUUUGAUAUUUUAAUAAAAAUUAAGUUAAAUUCCUUUGCCAAAA